AUGGCCGAUGUCGAAGAACCACAGUUUACCACCCUUGCGCAGCGCAUUGCUGCAUUGAAGCAACAACAGGCAGAGAAUGCUUUCGUCCCUCAAAAUAAUACUUUGACAGUAGCCAAACGACCACCACCACCUCCUAUACCAAGUUCCGAUCGACCUCCUCUUCCUACGAGACCAAAGACUGCCAAUAACCCUCCAAUCCUCACGUAUGGUUCCUCUGCUAUCCAGAAACCAUUUAAUGAACCAAUUGGCGCGAAAGCCAGUUUCCCUCCAGUUGCUCGCGAUACUCCAGCGAAUAAUGCCAAGAGUCCUCUUCUGCCAAGUCGAAAUGCACCUCCUCCAUUGCCCACGAGAAAAGGUUCGACUCCAGCUCUACCACCGAGGAGAGCCUCAGCAUCUACACAAUUAGUAAGGAGAGGUUCAGGGGACUCGACCACUUCACAACUUUCCACUGUUUCGGCCAUGUCUUUGAAUAGUUAUGGCAGACCUGUGUCUUCAAGAACAUCUAUAGGGUCAACGAAUGGGAGAAUGUUGCCCCCUCCUUUAGAUAUGGCAAAACUUCCACCUUUACCACCUUCAAGGAGAGAAUUGCAGGAGAAGGCAAGACUAGAGCAGAAGGCUAAAAUGCCACUGGUUUCUACAAGGUCAGAUCCCAUUGUUUCUAAACGACCUACAGUCGUUGAUCGUGAAAUGCCACCCAAAAUGCCACCAAGACCAAGUGGGCCACCAAAAGUGCCUUCGAGACCCGUUGAAAAUGCUGAAGAAGAAAAGCAAAUUGCUCUACCAACACGAAGAUUACCACCUCCCUCUGCUACUCGUUCUGCUUUAUCUAUAGGCUUUGGCAACAAGUCUACUGAAACACCAAAUCCUGCACUAAGGCCAGCACCUACAUACAAUAGGACCCCCGGGCCUGCUGUCCAAGAACUGAACGCCAAUAAUUUCGAUCGUAUCAUUCUUUCGGGGAAAUUUGCUCUCGUGGACUUUUAUGCUCCCUAUUGCAAAUAUUGCGUCGAACUGGAUCCCCAUUACAAACAACUUGCCGAGGAUUUUGCUUUUGCUUCUGACAGGCUUGUGAUUGCGAAAGUUGAUGUCGAUGAACAUAAAUCUUUUAUCGCAAGAUAUGGUAUUCCAGGAUAUCCAACCAUUAUGUUCUUUGAUGGCAACGGGGACAAUCCGGAAAAGUACCAAUACCAGAACGAAACGGAUGCUAUGACAGAAUUCUUGAUUGAAAAAACUGGAAUAUCACCAAGCGAUGCACCCAAAUCUGGAGGGGUGCCACCACCUAUUAACCUCAGAUCCAAACCAACUUCGGCUCACGUAAAAGCUGUAAGUGCUACUCCAACUGCAUCAUCGUCAUCGUCAUCGUCACCGUCACCGUCAUCAACGGGCUGUCUCUUAUGUCGAGACUUUUCUGGCCCGGAUCAAAUUGCAUUAAAAUAUCCUAGAGAAUUCCUUCCAAGAUCCUCUGAUAAUACAGGAUAUCUUGCUGAUGUUCUUUGUCGCUCUUUCAGUUCACCUACUGAUAAAUCUCGUGCAAUAUUCGUUUGGCUUCACCAUAAUGUUGCUUAUGAUACAGGUGCCUUUUUCGGGAAUCGAGUCAAAAAUGUUACUCCAGCCGAUACUAUCAAGACUGGAUUGGCUGUUUGUGGUGGGUACGCUGGUCUAUUUACGGCUAUUGCACUCAAAGCAGGACUUGAAGCAAUUAUGGUGACUGGUCAUGGAAAAGGGUUCGGAUAUACACCCCUUCAACCAGGAGAGUCAUGCCCGCCACCUAAUCCUGGUGGGCAUGCCUGGAAUGCAGUUCGUAUCGAUGGAGGAGAAUGGAAACUUAUCGAUGCAUGCUGGGGAUCCGGACAAUUAGGUAACAAUCAAACAUACAACAAGAAUUUGAUCUCAUCUUACUUCACUAUGUCGAAUGAAGAAUUCGGUCUCAAACAUUUCCCAGCUGAUAAAGCACAUUUCUUCAGAAAUGAUAGAAGAAUCUUGAGCUGGGAGGAAUAUUUCAUUGGAAAUAUCGGUGGUGAAUCGUUACAAAUUUUCGGCUCUCCAGAGGAUCAUCAUGGUAUCUCUCAAACCUCAUUCACACCCCCUCAAAAGAAUAUUCAAUCCUCACCCGCAUCAACCGAAAUCAUGCGUUUCCAAUUCUCCAAGAUAUGUACACAUUACGAUUUUGAACGCAACGGAUCUGGUAAACCAUAUUGUAUGAUUCUCAAGAUAGGAGGUGUAGAUGGAAGGAAGGAGGAUAUGAUAGCUUUUGAAUUUGAUGGAUUUUGGUGGUGGGUGGAUGUCAAUGUCAGAGAAUUAGGGGCAAGGGGCCAAACGAUUAGUUUGUAUGCGAUUACGAGUGUUAAUGGGAAGGAUGCGAGGGGGAUGAGCAAGAGGGAGUAUGAGGAGAAGAAGGGAAAGUGUGGAAUGGGAUUCGGGGGGGUGGCGGCUUGGGAGUUGGUUUAG